GAGCCUACAAUUCAGAUAGCGUGGCCUACAUCUCAUACACACAUUUCACGACGUCGUUUGGUAGAGAGACCGUGACGGCCACAAGCUCUACGUCCUUUUACCUUCCACAUAUCUCGUUUCUUUCUUCAUAAACAAAUCUCUGUUUCUCUCUUCACUAAAUCACUGCCACACAUAGAGAGAUAAAGAGUUAUCUGUGGCUAUCAGCAUGAGCACGUUUGGUUUAGGGCUAUGUAACACCGGGCAGCUUCCAUUCAGGCGAGUCACCGGUGAAACGGGGAGGAAGCAGCAGAGGAUUGCAGUGGUGAGAGCAGAAGGCGGAGGAGGCGGAAUCAAUCCGGAGAUCAGAAAGAACGAGGAGAAGGUGGUGGACUCCGUCGUGGUCACCGAGCUUUCCAAAAACAUAACUCCAUAUUGCAGGUGUUGGAGGUCGGGGACAUUUCCUUUGUGUGAUGGGAGUCAUAUGAAGCACAACAAAGCUAAUGGAGAUAACGUUGGCCCUCUCCUUCUGAAAAAGCAGUAGCUUUUUGCUUAUUUCAUUAAUUAGCUGCUCAAAAGUUAUCUUUGACGUAAUGUCUUUUUUUUUGCUAAAAAACUUAAAUGUCUUAAGGUGUACUCAGUCCAAAUAUUAUCUAUUCAGUUGUUCAGUCAUGUGAAACAAAGUUAAGGGUUUUCUUUCAACAAUA